AUGGAAGGGGAUCGGAAAGUGGAGCUCAGCGAAGCCCUGGCGCUCGGGCCUGGCUGGCGCCACGCCUGCCAUGCGCUGCUCUACGCGCCCGACCCCCGGAAGCUGUUCGGCCGCAUCCCGAUGCGCUUCGCCGUGCUGAUGCAGAUGCGCUUCGACGGGCGCCUGGGCUUCCCUGGCGGCUUCGUGGACGCGCAGGACAGCUGCCUGGAGGACGGGCUGAACCGGGAACUGCGCGAGGAGCUGGGCGAAGCCAUGUCUGCCUUCCGCGUGGACCGCUCUGAUUACCGCAGCUCACACAUCGCGGCCAGACCGCGCGUGGUGGCCCACUUCUAUGCCAAGCGCCUGACUCUGGAACAGCUGCAGGCUGUGGAAACCAGGGCAUCUCAAGCCAAGGACCAUGGGCUGGAGGUGCUGGGCCUGGUGCGGGUACCCCUGUACAUCCUCCGUGAUGGUGUGGGAGGCCUGCCUGCCUUUCUGGAGAAUUCCUUCAUUGGAGCUGCCCGGGAGCAGCUACUAGAAGCCCUUCAGGACUUGGAACUUCUGGAUCCUGGCACUAUUGCAAAACUCAAGAUCCCAGAUUCUAAGUAGAAUGGGACUGGUAUGGACCCCUGGAACCCAGAGGGCCUUGGUAUGAGGGAGGGAGAGAAAAAAAGGAGGGAAAGACAAAUGGCUUCUCUUUGGGGUCUGAGGGAUUGUAGAUGGUGCUGGAUUAGCAACAGAGGAGGAUAUGCAAUGUUUUCAAUGUAGGACCUUGUCUGGUGGCAUUAGGGAUAAAAGGCCUUUGUAGUAUCCCAGAGUCCUGCCUUACACAUGGACAAACAGCCUGGAAGCUCCAGGUAUGUGUGUAUAUGUGUAGUGUGUGGUCACACACGGCCUGACACACUGUCAUCUGUCCAGUUUAACCAUGAUGUGGCAUUUGGCACAUCCCACUCCUUCCUGGUAAGUAGGAGGUUUUCUUCCCCGUCUGCUGCAAGACCCAGCCCAACCCAUGCCUGUUAGGGAAGCAGAGGAGAUGGCGUCUCUCUGAGAAUUGCCCUGUGUUACCUGAGGCUUGAGCAAAGCAGUGGGUUUCAGAACGUGUCUUAAGGGCCUACCCAGCCCUAAGUUCCAGCUGAAGGUUGGAACGUGUCAAGAGGGCUUCUUGAGCUGAACUGAGGCCUGAGACCUCUGUCCUGAUACCUGUCUUCCCGUGUGUUCAUCGUUGAGCUCCCAUUGUCUCUGUCUAGCCUGCCCUGCUUAAAAAUAAUCUAGAGGCAUCCGGAAGCGUAGGCUGAUAAUCUGGGUCCCCAAGUUCCUGAGGUCUUUCAAAAGGUACAGGUUAAUACUCGGUGCUAGGCAUGGUGACAGAAGUAGAGACCCACUGCUCUUGUCUUUAAGACUUCACACCGGGCGUGGUUGCGCACACCUUUAAUCCCAGCAUCUGGGAGGCAGAGACAGGCGGAUUUCUGAGUUCAAGGCCAGCCUGGUCUACAA